AAUGUCAACACAAACUGUCUGAAUUGAAGUGUCAAACGUAAAAUGUGAAAUGUUGACUUUUAUCAAAAAUUAAAUUUUACUCAAAUAUUUAUUAAAAUAUUGUUAUUCAGUGUGCUUAAGUGAAAUAUAAUAUUAAUUUGUGGCUCUAAUUAAGAAAUAACUCGUUUCUAAAUAUUUUCGUUGAAUUUUGAAAAUCCGAACAGAUUUUAAGCUUUUCUACACGUCACGUACAACAAUGAAUCCCUUAGAUAAAUAUUGGGGAUUUUACAAUUGAUUUUUACAAUUUUAUAAAAAUGCAAUCUAAUUUGAAAACUAAGGAGAUGUUCAUUUUGAGAGCUCUUGAGAAAAUUUUAAAUGAUAAAGAAAUCAAAAGAUCCUAUCAUUCUCAACUCAAAAGAGCUUGUGAAGCUGCACUAGAGCAACUUAAAAAGGAAACAGCAGAAACGCCUAAAGAAGAAAAUAUAUCAGAUGCACUUCCGCAACCCAAAAGCGGAGAUGCCAAUAUUCUUACAACAGAAAAAUAUUUUCUCCCCUUUGAAUUAGCUUGUCAAAGCAAAUCUGCAAGAAUAGUCGUUACAGCUUUAGAUUGUCUACAAAAGUUGAUAGCUUAUGGUCAUUUAACAGCCAAUGUACCAGAUUCUACAACACCAGGAAAGUUAUUGAUUGAUAGGAUAGUUGAGACUAUUUGCAUUUGUUUUACUGGACCCCAGACUGAUGAAGGUGUUCAACUUCAAAUUAUUAAAGCCCUUUUAACAGUUGUUACUAGUCAAUAUGUCGAAGUUCACGAAGGUACUGUUCUUAUGGCAGUACGAACCUGUUAUAAUAUUUUCCUUGCCAGCAAAAAUUUAGUCAAUCAAACUACUGCUAGAGCCACUUUAACACAAAUGUUGAACGUCAUUUUCACUCGAAUGGAAAAUCAAGCCUUAGAAGCUGAAGUCAGUUCUGAAAUUCAUAAUAACAAUAUAAAUCAAAAUGAUUCUAAUUGUAAGAUGGCCAAUGAUGCUGAUUCAAAAUCGGUUAAAUCUUUAAAAGUUGAUAAUGGUGAAAUUAAACAUGAAUUACAAUUAACAGGGGAAAUUAUUGUUGCCGAAAUUAUAGAAAAUAUUGUUGAUAAUGUAAUGCUGGAAGUUGUAGAUAACAAACAAGUUGAAAUACUAAAUUCACCUGAAAAUGAGACUCAUAGUGUUACAUCAUCAAUGACAAGGAUACCCUCUCAAGAAAGCAUGGAUACACAAAGUGAAAAUGACUCGGCGGUAACAGCAAAAUUUACUCAUAUUCUUCAAAAGGACGCGUUUCUUGUCUUUAGAGCUCUAUGUAAACUUUCAAUGAAGCCAUUACCAGAAGGCACACCUGACCCAAAAUCCCACGAACUUCGCUCCAAAAUAUUAUCCCUUCAACUGCUCCUUUCUAUUCUUCAGAAUGCUGGUCCCGUAUUUAGAUCCAAUGAAAUGUUUAUAACGGCCAUUAAACAGUAUUUGUGUGUAGCUCUAUCUAAAAAUGGAGUUAGUUCGAUACCAAAAGUUUUUGAAUUAUCGCUAGCAAUAUUUUUAGCUUUACUUUCUAAUUUUAAGCUUCAUUUGAAAAUGCAAAUCGAGGUAUUCUUUAAGGAGAUAUUUUUGAAUAUUUUAGAAACUUCCAAUUCUUCUUUUGAACAUAAGUGGAUGGUAAUCCAAGCUCUGACUCGUAUCUGCGGUGAUGCUCAGAGCGUGGUGGACAUCUAUGUAAACUAUGACUGUGAUCUGGCUGCAGCCAACUUAUUCGAACGUCUAGUCAAUGACCUAUUUAAAGUAGCACAAGGUCGACAUUCUAUAGAACUAGGUGCAUCACCAAAUCAAGAAAAAGCAAUGAAACUUCGAGGCUUAGAAUGUCUCGUAUCCAUAUUAAAAUGUAUGGUAGAAUGGAGUAAAGAUUUAUACGUAAAUCCUAAUCUACAAUCAACUGUUGGUGAACAAGAACAUCGGGAAAAUGAUAAUUUAUCUAUUAAAUCACAUGGGGGAUCUUCAAAUAGUCUACAUUCCAGUGAUAGUGGAGGGAAUCGAGAGAUUUUAGAUUCACCUGAACAGCUAGAAGUAUUGAAGCAACAAAAAGAACAUAUGACACUAACGAAAAACGAUACAGCAUGCUUACCUAAUUAUUUUGGGACGGUAUGGGAAACAGGCAUAGAAAUGUUCAAUCGAAAACCUCGAAAAGGAAUAGCUUAUCUUCAAGAACAAGGACUUCUAGGACCAACUCAUCAGGAUAUAGCGAAAUUUUUACACAACGACGAACGGUUAGAUAAAACUUUUAUCGGGGAGUUCUUGGGGGAUAACGAUGAUUUGAGCAAGCAGGUUAUGUACGUGUACGUCGAUCAAAUGAAUUUCACCAACAUGGACUUUGUUGCAGCACUUCGACACUUCCUAGAUGGGUUCAGGUUACCAGGUGAAGCACAAAAAAUAGACAGACUAAUGGAAAAAUUUGCUAGCAGAUACUGCGAAUGCAAUCCAAAUAAUAGCCAUUUUGCAACAGCAGAUACAGCUUACGUGCUUGGUUUUUCUAUAAUCAUGCUCACCACAGACCUCCAUUCUCCUCAAGUAAAAAACAAAAUGACAAAAGAGCAAUAUAUCAAACUAAACAGAGGCAAUACAGAGAGUAAAGAUGUUCCUGAAGAAUAUUUGUCUCAAAUAUAUGAUGAAAUAGCUGGUCACGAAAUUAAAAUGAAGAAUCCUGUAAAUAAGCCCGGCAAACAACAGAUUAAUAGCGAAAAACGUAGGAAAAUUUUAUUCAACAUGGAGAUGGAAGCUAUUUCGUCUGCUGCUAAAAAUCUUAUGGAGUCUGUUUCUCACGUACAAGCGCCAUUUACUCUAGCAAAACAUUUAGAGCAUGUUAGACCGAUGUUUAAGAUGGCGUGGACGUCGUUUUUGGCUGCAUUCAGCGUCGGUUUACAAGACUGUGAUGAUCCAGAAGUAGCUGCUUUGUGUUUAGAUGGGAUAAGAUGUGCCAUAAGAAUUGUCUGUAUAUUCCACAUGCCUUUAGAACGGGAUGCUUAUGUACAAGCUUUGGCAAGAUUUACGCUCCUCACAGCUAAUUCUCCGAUAAUGGAUAUGAAAGCAAAAAAUAUAGAUACAAUUAAAACACUUAUCAUGGUAGCCCACACGGACGGAAAUUAUUUGGGGCCGAGUUGGUUGGAUAUUCUCAAAUGUAUAUCACAGUUAGAACUAGCUCAAUUGAUAGGUACCGGAGUUCGACCGGAAUUUUUAUCAGGACCUGGUCAUAAACCUCCUUAUCCUAGUUCAAAAGAACAUAUUGGUCAAACGAGUUCCCAAAGCGUGGUAGUUGCUGUCGACAGAAUAUUCACUGGAUCAACUAGGCUUGAUGGUGAUGCAAUUUUUGAUUUCGUCAAAGCUUUGUGUAAAGUUUCUCUUGAAGAAUUAGCUUAUCCAGGUCAUCCCAGGAUGUUUUCCUUGCAAAAAAUAGUAGAAAUUUCGUAUUACAAUAUGGGAAGAAUUCGAUUACAAUGGUCAAGAAUAUGGCAGGUUCUUGGAGAACAUUUUAAUACAGUAGGAUGUAAUUCCAAUGAAGAGAUCUGCUUUUUUGCUGUGGAUAGUUUAAGACAGCUCUCUAUGAAGUUUAUAGAAAAAGGAGAAUUUUCGAAUUUUAGAUUUCAAAAAGAUUUUCUCCGUCCAUUUGAGUAUAUCAUGAAAAAUAAUGUUUCCCGUUCGGUUAGAGAAUUUGUAGUACGUUGUGUAGCAAAUAUGGUUAACUCACAAGCAAAAAAUAUUCGUUCGGGUUGGAAGAAUAUAUUUUCUGUUUUCCACUUGGCUGCUGGUGAUCGAGAGGAAACACUAGUUGGACUUGCUUUUGAUACAACUGGAAAAAUAAUCAUAGAGUUAUAUGAAAAACAAUUUCCAACUAUGAUUGAUUCGUUUCAAGAUGCUGUCAAGUGUUUAUCAGAGUUUGCAUGUAAUGCUAGAUUUCCUGAUACAAGUAUGGAAGCGAUCAGACUUUUAAGAGCUUGUGCUUGCAGUAUAAGUGGUGCUCCUCACUUAUUUGCUGAACAUGGAGUUUUAGAAACUGAUGCAACUGUAUCAGAAGAAGAUAGAGUAUGGGUACGUGGUUGGUUUCCACUUCUCUUUUCAUUAUCUUGUGUAGUCAAUAGAUGUAAAUUGGAUGUGAGAACUCGUGCUUUAACAGUGCUUUUUGAAGUAAUAAAAACAUAUGGUGAUACAUUUAGUCCUCAUUGGUGGAAGGAUCUUUUUAAAGUUCUAUUUAGAAUAUUUGAUAAUAUGAAAUUACCAGAAAAACAACCAGAAAAAGACGAGUGGAUGACAACGACAUGCAACCACGCCCUUUAUGCUAUUGUAGACGUUUUCACACAAUACUUCGAUAUGCUAGGACCGCUUCUCUUAGAGGAAUUAUAUUCUCAACUUCAUUGGUGCGUACAACAGGAUAACGAACAAUUAGCUAGAUCCGGUACGAAUUGUUUGGAAAAUUUAGUUAACUCAAAUGGUAAUAAAUUCAACCAAAAGACUUGGGAAAAGACAUGCCAAUGUAUGCUGGAUAUAUUCAAUUCAACGUUGCCGUCAGCGCUGCUUACUUGGAAACCAGAAUCUAUGAAAACUAUGGCUGUGAUCGAGCAGAAUGGCGAUGUAGGACCUAAUAAAGGUAUUUUAAAACGAUCCAGCUAUCACCAAGAUGUUAGUAUCGAUAAUGCGGAAGUUUUUAAUAGUCUAGCAAUAAAAAGUGUUGUACAAUUGGAAUUAAUUCAAACAAUUGAUAACAUAGUUUUCUAUCCGGCGACAUCUAGAAAAGAAGACGCUGAAACGUUAGCAUUCGCAACUGCUGAUAUGACAGGUGGAGGAUCUUUGACUGAAUGUCAAAGAGAAGAACAAGGAAUGUAUAGAUUAUUAAGCAGUCCACAUUUAUUGCAGUUGACAGAGUGCCUUCUACAAUCCCAUCGGUUUGCAAAGGCCUUCAACAUCAACCAUGAACAAAGGAACUUACUUUGGAAGGCUGGUUUCAAAGGUUCAACAAAACCCAAUCUUCUAAAACAAGAAACUCAAAGUCUGGCGUGCUUGUUGAGAAUAUUGUUUAAAAUGUAUUGUGACGAAGGUAGACAAGAGCAUUGGCCUAUUAUCGAAACUACUUUAAUAACGGUAUGUCAAGAAGCAUUGGAGUAUUUCUUGAGUCUUCAGAGCGAAAAUCAUAGAGAAGCGUGGACGUCGUUAUUGCUACUAGUCAUGACUAGGCUGUUAAAAAUGCCUGAUAGCAGAUUUGGCGUACAUACUUCCCGAUAUUACACCCAUCUUUGUGAAAUCGUUUGUUUUGACCUAAAGGCUGAAUUAAGGUCGAUAUUAAGAAGAGUCUUCCUGCGAAUAGGACCAGUUUUUCAUAUUACCGCUACAUAGUUGAAGACAAAAUCGUAGUGUCAGUCACUAUUUAUCUUAUCUCUGAUUAUAUUCUUUGGAAUACUUUGAUAUAUCUCACACACUCGAUCAACUGUGUCUUUACCUAUAAGUACAAAAACUACAUGAUAGUGGAUGACAAGGUCUCUGUUUUUACUGAAGAAAUAUUUCAUAUCGAAAUUCCGUCUACUGUGAUUUGUACUUAACAUAUUUUGUUCUAUAUUUGAUGACUUGCGAACAUAUUUUUCCUUUUAAUGUAUUCUGUGAUUAAUAUGUGUAAACGAAGUUUUAAAACAUUGGAUCUAAAGAAAAAUUAUCCAAGUUAUGAAUAAUUCAUUUAUAUGUGGUCAACACAAAAUAGUUUCACAUAACAAAUAGUACUUUCAUGAUUGGACUGUGAGAUAUUUAUGUUUUGUUGUAAAUUAAUUCAAUAUUAAAGUUCUUAUUUCUUGUUUUAAAACUCCUUUUUGGGAAAGUUUAGCUAGUAAAGAAAGAUAAAAAUCUUCCAAUCACAGUACGAUCACAUAACGAAAUUAACUUAGUUUAAAACAAAAAUCUUGAAUACUAUAAUGUAAUAUGUCUUAUGUCAAUAUUUUCAGUUUUCCCAUCCAGAGGGAAAACUAAUAGCGUUGAUAAAGCCGAUACAACAUUUAAAUUUGAAAAAAGCUUACGCAGAACUUUGAUAUUUAUCUAUAUAAUUUCCUAAUAGGUCUUUUUAAUGGUUCUUAAAAAAAACUAUAAAAAUGGUCGCAAUAAAUGACUGUUCAGGAAUGCAUCUUAAACAAACUUACGUUCAACUCCGGUAAUGGAACGGUUUGGUUGGAAAUAUAUGGAUUGAAAGAUUGUGCAAAAUAUUCUAAGUAUACCUACGGUAAUUCAAAUAAUUACUGUAUUUUGUGAAUGCAGGUAACAAAGUUUUAAUUUCAUUUUUCUAAUAAUUAACAAAAAAGUUGCGAGCUUCCAUGUUUGUAUUCCUUCUAUUCUCCCUAAUUGUUUAUACGUCCCAAAUACUAACAAAAUUUGCUCUAAUGAGAAAGGUUGCAAUUGAAGUAAGAGAAAUUACGUCUUAGUAUAAAGUAGGUUAAUACCUACCUAAUAAUUCAUUAUCUGCAUAUAAAACCUACUAACCAUAUAGAUAAAGUAAAAACUAGCUUAUAGCAUGCAGUUAUCAUAACUAUAGUCAUCCGUGGGUGCCAUUGAAAAGACCUAUAGCAACAAGGAAUGCUUGAAAGCCGCGGAGUCAUAAUAGAAGAGUAUUUUCAGAUAAACCUAAAGCACGAUUGUUAAUUUUUGUUAUAACACUGAAGUAAUAAAGUAAAUAAGUAAUGGAAUUAUAUUAUUUUUACCUGAGAUAUAAGUUUAGCUAAUCCUGCUAUGUCACAUUAAAAAAGUAAAAUUGCCUUUAAAAUUGGGAUAAAUAAAGAAUUUAGUUAUGUUUGGUUUUUAGCAAUGAUGCGAAUUAUUUUUUUAAAUUUGUUAUUACUGAGUUGUAUUAGAGGAUCUGCAACAAUUUCUUCAGCUUCUUCUAGUUAUUUCAGCAAUCCAAUAUAUAGAAGAUCAUCCAUUACUACAAUCCCUUUAUUAAUGAUUUAUAUACAAUUAUAAUUUUUAAAACACUUUCAAUAAAAAUAAUAGGGUAGAAUUGUAUAUUUACAUGCGAAUGCGAGUGAAAUGGAGCACUCCUCUUUGGCGAGAGCAUUCCUAUUGCGAGGAGAGGGCAUGAGAAUUCAGACAACAAUAAAUUUCAAUAAAUGAUCAUUCAACUAUGACAAUUGUUGAAUGUAUAUUGAAGAUUAUUAGUAUAUGCUAGAUAUUUUUAGUUAGAGCAGAUCCAAAUUUACACAAAUUAUAGGACUAAAAAGAUUAGUUCAUAGUUUUGAAGCGUUGCACAAAAUAUCAAGCAGAAAGAAUAAAAAAUCCAAAUGACUAAUCACUUUAUUACUCCCAAUGUUAUAUCCUACUAAUAUCAUUUUAUUAUGUGCCUAGCAGGUGACAAAAUAAUAGUCAUGUAAGAGUUUUAGUUGAAAAUAGGAAGUUCAGUACUGACCUGUAUGAAUGGUUACAUGUUAAUACAUCAGUUAUUAUUGUGGUUAAAUUUUCCAAAACGUGUAAUAGUAACCAAGUGUUGAUUAUCCAUAGUUUUUGCUAUAUAUUUUCAAGAGAUUAGAAAGAAACACUAAAAUAAUUUUGUCUGUUCAUCAUCAGUAUUUGUUCACUUUUCUGUAUGUUUGGUCGACCAAGGAAUAUAUUGUAGAUAAAAUAUAAUUGGAGAAAUAAUUUUCGUUCAGUACUUCCGCACCUAAAGUUAUUAAAUAACAAAAACUCUGGGUUUUUGCCACCAUCAUAUGUAAAUACCAUUUGUUGAAAAUCAUUCCAUACUAAGUGAUAAUGAAUACAUAUUUAUCGAGAAAAUAGUAUAUUGUGCAACUAGUGCAAAAAAUAAGAUAUUUAUACAAGUGUGACAAAAUGAUAAACUACAAGCUACAUAUGUUGUACAUUAUACUUUCUGACGACCUGCACGAAAUAGUUAAUUUUAUUUUACACAUAACUUUCUGUGUUAGUUAAAAAAUGAAAUAAGUAUUUUGAGUAGGUCAUUCGAAAAAAUUAUUAUGUGCCUUCAUAAUUGAUGUAUAUGUUAUUUUAUCAUUUGAAUAUAUUGUAUUGCACUUUAUUAGUUUUUAGUAUGAAGUAAUCGUCAAAUCCUGAUUUUUAUAGUAUGAAAACGAUUGUUGUAGAAGGAUUCGGAUAAAUAUCUUGAAAUUAUUUUUACUAAUCUAAUUUAUGAAAUGUUCAUUAAUAAGUAAUUAAAUAUAUAUCUUUUGUCUGUAAUCUUUUAUUAUGUUCAUACAUAUAGGAUUAUAUGCGGACCAUUUAGGUCCAUAGCCUUGUAAUUUUUCUCCACUUCUUUCAGUCCCUUGCUUUUUCUCUCCAGCUCUGGAUAUUUUUCUCUCUAAAGUCUUCUUCCACUACUUCCCUCCGCCGUUUUUUUGGUAUAUCUCUUUUCCUCUUGUCCUCUGGCAUCUUCCAUGCAACUCGUUUCAAGAGUCUGUCUUUGUCCAUUCGUUCUAAGUAACCUAGCCAUUGUAACUUUCUUGUCUUUAUAAACGUGCUGUGUACUAGUAUGGGAACAAGUGGUUAAAAAAAUGUGUAAGCCAUCUUCAAAUCAUGUUUUCAUUAAACAAUAAAAUUUUCUGUAGCAAUUAUUUCCAUUAGUUUUUUGUGUUAAGCUUCCUGAAUGUUACACUUGAAAUCUGCUAAAAAGUAACCAUGAAUAACCUCUUUCAUCGUAAAGAACUUAGUGUUCCAAUUUAGGAAGAGAUUUAAUAAUGUCAAGUGUGCAUUUUUACAUAAUAUUACUAAUGUGUGAAGUUUGAAUAUUUGGGAUAUUCUAAAUUUAAUUAUAUUAAGAACAUAUCUGUUUGACUCUGUCAAUCUUGAAUGUCACUUGUAGUUUUUGAUAAUCUUCUAACAUAUGGUAAUAGAUACUAUUAUAUAUUAUGCACUUGUGACAAUCUCCACUUAUUUAUUAUAACUCAAUUUAAAUUGUAUGUUUUCGAAAAUUUAGAUGCAAUUUUAAAACAUUUUAAGAUAUUUAUCUGACAUUCUUAUUGGCUGUAUGUAGUCAAGUUAAUACCAUGUUAUUUAUAUUUAUUAAAUUCUGUAGGCAUCAAUAUUUUAGACUUGUAAAUAAUAUAUUAUAUAGGAUAUUGUUAUUGUGUUAAUUUCAAUAAAACUACAAAAGCUUAAUAAAAAGAGAUUUAUUAGUCA